GCACCAGGAGGAGGAGAAGAAGAAAGCUACAACAUGGCGGCUGCAUCCAUUCCUCAGAUCUGGGAGCUGUGAGAAGCGAAGCCCCAGGAGCUGGAGCAGCUUGGACUGUGCCAGGUCCUGGUUUCGGGGUGCCAGCCCCACAACCUUCCCCGUUUGCCCCACUGGAAGUGGGCCAUAUUCCCACAGUUGUGCACAGCUAUGGGGGUGCAAGGCUUCCAAGAGUUCGUGGAAAAGCGUUGCCCAGGGGCAGUGGUGCCCGUGGACCUAUUGAAGCUGGCACGGGCUGUAGGGGGCCGUGGAGGCGGGGGCCCUGCCUACUGUACCACCUUCCACCCAGCAGCUGGCUACCCCCAUCCUGCUGCGGCUGCACCUGGACUGGCACCCAUGGUUGGUGCUAGCCCUUAUCCACACUCCCAGCAUGCAGGAGGGUUGGCACCCACAGCACCAUGCCCAGCUCGGCUUCUGGUGGAUGCUGAUUCUGCUUUGCAGCGUCUGUACGGUGGCUACCAGACAGACUGGGUGUGUGGGGGCCAGUGGAAUGCGAUGGUGGGUUACCUGGCUGCCCUUUCACAGGCUUGCCUCUACCAAGGUGGGCUGGAGUUAGCUGUCAUCUUCAAUGGAGGGCUUGGAAAGGAGAGGCUGCCUGAGUGGGCCAGGAAGGCCCAGGCUGAGAGACAGACAGCUCAGCUAAUUGCAGGGCAUGUGGGCAACAAAGGUACCCCGCCACCCCGAGCCUGGUUUCUUCCUCCUGCUUGCUUGGGGCAUUGUGUACGUCUGGCCAUGAUUCGAUUCCGGGUUAAGGUGUUCCAGAGUCUGGAGGAUCAUCAUCAGGAAGUAGUAUCUUUCUUUCGGGAGAAUGGCUUUCAUGGGCUAAUUGCCCAUGACUCGGAAUAUGCUCUCUGCAACAUACCUUCCUACUAUAGUUCCCAUGCUCUGAAACUGAGCUGGAAUGGCAAAAACCUUACCACUAACCAAUUCCUCAUGCAAGAGGUUGCCAAGCAGCUGGGUCUCAAGCUGAGCAGUUUUCCUAUAUUUGCUGCCUUGCUAGGGAACCACAUUCUUCCAGAUGAGGACCUGGCUGCCUUCCAUUGGAGCCUUCUUGGACCAGACCACCCACUUGCUUCACUUAAGGUACGUGCCCACCAGCUGGUCCUCCCACCCUGUGAUGUGGUCAUCAAGGCUGUAUCUGAAUAUGUCGGUGCCAUCAAAAAUCCCUCCAACCUGGAUGUGAUAGGGAGAGACGUCUUCAAACACUCCCAGUCCAGGACUGAAGAUAAAAUAGAACGCUUCAAGAAAGCAGUAGAAUAUUAUUCAGUGGCCAUGAAGGCACCUCCUACACCAGCGGGCCAAUCCCCGUAUGUUCUCCCAGCAUUUGGGCCCAACCACUUUGGAGGGGCAGCACCUCUGAAUCGCAAUCCAGUGGUAUCACUUCCUUCUGGGAAGGCUAUGUUUGCACCCCAAAUGGGGCCAAAGAUGCAGUAUCAGCCACCUGCUCCACAUGGUGGCAUUGCUGCCUCCUCGUCUUUCCUUCCGGGUCCUGGUUCCAGUUUUCUCUUCUCACCUCAUGGCUUGGCGGAUGCGGUGCCCUUCCAUGAAGAUCCUGCCUUGAAGGGUGGUCACUUCAACAACUGGCCUGUAUCAUAUGAUAACUGUCCCACCAAGUUUCCUAACCAUCACCUGGGUUCCAAACCUUCCCCAUCAUCUGGGCCUGGGUCUUCACCUUCUUCUUCUUCUGAUGGAGAAGAGCAUAAUGGAACCAAUUCCAACCAUGUUUCUGAAACAGUGUCUCGCAAAUCUGGCUGGGAGGAUCCUGGGGGUGAAAAGAUAAUGAAUCAAGGCUGGGGACAAUCACCUGGGAACACUGGCAACUCAGAAAGGACCUUGAGUGGACCUGAAGCCCACAUCCCCUCACUGCUCUCUAUGGCAACCCGCAACCACAUGGACAUAACCACCCCACCUUUGCCUCCUGUUGCUCCAGAAGUACUUCGAGUGGCUGAACAUAGGCAUCGCCGGGGGCUAAUGUACCCUUUCAUCUACCAUGUCCUUACCAAGGGUGAAAUCAAAAUCCCUGUGUGCAUUGAAGAUGAAUGUAACACUGAACUGCCGCCAGCAGUUGUUCUUUUUCGGGCCUCGCGGCAGUAUGUAUAUGGUGUCCUCUUCAGUGUGGCUGAGACCCAACGGCGGAUGGAACGCCUGGCUGUGCGUAAGCGCAUUCCCGUGGAAACUCAUCCUGUUAUCGUCAAGGAAUGGUCAGCAUACAAAGGGAAAUCACCCCAGACUCCAGAGUUGGUCUCAGCUCUUGCUUUUCGGGAGUGGACCUGUCCCAACCUCAAGAAGCUCUGGUUGGGCAAAGCAGUGGAAGACAAGAACCGGCGUAUGAGAGCAUUUCUGGCUUGUAUGAAAUCAGACACACCUGGCAUGCUCAACCCUGCCAAUGUUCCAACACACCUACUGCUCAUGUGUUGUGUGUUACGAUACAUGAUACAGUGGCCUGGGGGCCGGAUCCUCCACAGACAUGAAUUGGAUGCUUUCUUGGCCCAGGCUGUGUCUGCUCAGUUAUAUGAACCAGAUCAGCUUCAGGAAUUGAAGAUUGAGAAACUGGAUCCCCGGGGAGUUCAGUUGGCUGCUCUGUUUAUGAGUGGAGUGGACACGGCCCUCUUUGCCAAUGAUGCUUGUGGGCAGCCUGUGCCCUGGGAGCACUGCUGCCCAUGGAUCUACUUUGAUGGGAAACUCUUUCAGAGCAAACUGAUUAAAGCCGCAAGAGAGAAGGCACCUCUGAUAGACCUCUGUGAUGGCCAGACCGAGCAGGUGUCUAAAGUAGAGAAGAUGAGGCAGAGUAUUCUGGAAGGCAUUAACCUCAACCGACAGGCUCCCCCACCUCUUCUCCCACCUCCACCCUUUGUGCCCUCCAUGGCACCACCUUUUUAUCCAGUGCCUCUUUACCCUCGCACUAUUGGAUCGGUGCAACCAGCAGCCCCUGGGAGGACCAGAGGCUUCACCGGACUCCAUCCAAUCCCACCACAAGGAGGCAAACUGGAAAUUGCUGGGAUGGUUGUGGGGCAGUGGGCUGGGAGCAAACCCUCUCGGGGACAGGGCUCCUUUGGCAUGCAGGUGGUGUCAGUUGGAGGCCCAGGGAAAGGCCGUGGCCGUGAUAGCUCUGGAAAAAUCCCCAAAGGAAACAAGAAAGUAAACAAGCAAAGCUUGACUGACGGAACUGCAAAGACACCCGAGUUUGGCAGCAGCGGCAGCAGUAGCUGCAGCCGACCCCAGUCCCAGCAGAGGGGCACAUUAAACCACUGCCUGGAACAAUGGCUGGUACCACCUCAGACCAAAAUCAGGAAAGUAUUCUUAACAAUGCAUAGUAAUUAUAUGAAAUUCAUUGCCACAAGAUAAAUGUUGGUGGCUACAACCAUAGAUCCUUUAAGCAAGCGAUUUAAUAAAUUAUUGGGCAACAAGUCAUGACAGCUAAAUGGAAUUUAGAUGUCCAAAGGCAAUCUUUUCUUAAAUUUCAAUUACUGCAGAACAAAAAUAGGAUUGUGCUGAAAAGCGGGGGAGGGUAUUAUCCAGAUUUUUUAAAAAAUCUAUUUGCCUUACUUUGUGCGAAUGUAUAAAAGGGCAGUCAAAAUAGGUUUAAAAUCUAAAGCUGGAGCAGGGUAUCUCAUUUUUACUGCUGGCUUCAUUCCCUUGAGUGGAUUAUUCAUCUACCAGAACCCAAAGUAGGAAGCCCCUCAUCUUCCUCCUCCCAGUCCGGCUCCAGAUCAUCUCAUCAAGAAAUCUGAACUGUUUGCUACAGAUGAUUUUUGGAAUUAGUCCACACCCAGUUGGCUAUUUCUGCUUUAAAUACAAAGCUAUUUGCUCAAACUUGGUGAAAUGGGAAAUUCCUUAUGUGGUUCUAAGAGCUGGACCUUUGGAAAUGAUCCAUGGUUGCUAGAAGGGAGGUAGCACCUGAAGAAGGUCAUCUCUUUUAGGUGAGAACUUGGCAGCAGCUGAGGAUAAGAAUUGCUUUCACCUUUGGGACAAGAGCUAGAGCAGUCAAUCUAAAGGGUGGGAAAGCAUUUUUGAUUGAAAACUGUCAUAGUUGCAGCUGGGGAAUAUGGAAAGUAAACUCUGUUUUAGAAAAUAUAGUUAGAGAGCUGCUGUUUAAAGUAGUUUGUGAUACAGGGUUUGAAUGUUAAGAGCAACUUGAUUUUUAAAAAUUAUUUCCAAUAGGUAAAUUUUGGAAAAUCAAGUAUCUUUUAACAGUCAAAGCAGCACACUUUUCAGCUGCAACUACUAGUAAUUCUGACUGGCUCUGCAUUCUAAAAAAUGUUGAAAAGAGAAACCUUUCUUUUUGUUGGAUAAACUGUGAAGAACUGGCAAAUUUUGUUCCGAAUUGCUGGCUGGAGAGUUGUUUAAAGAUAGCAGCACUAGAGAAUCAUACUGUACAUUCGGAGAGCCUCUCACAAGCCUGUCACCCCCGCAAAAAUAAAAUCUUGUUUUCCUUUUUUUAAAACAAUAUUAUUUAUUUGCAGAAUUAGUGGAGCCAGUAAGUAGGCCUUUUAGAGUCUUGAUAGUUGUGUUUCUAGCCUUUGCUGCUAAUUUAAAGCCUGUUGUCCAAUACAGGAAUUGCCUUGAAGAGUCAAGCCAACUUUGGAUGCUUGUAUUCAGGAAUGGCUGGCAUAUCCUCAGUGGAUUCCAUUCAGCACUGAUAAUCUGGAUUGCCUGGAUAAAUCUUUUAUAUUUGGGGAAUACUUUUUUUUUUUAACCACAGUUGUCUCCUCCUUUCCAUUUCUGUUGGUUCCUCUGGUUCUUUCAUAUUACAUCCUGCUACAGCCCCUAGAUAAUAUCUUAAAUGUUCAACUUUCUUCUGCAAGAAAGCCCCAAAUAAAACUCAGUUGUCCAGUAAGCAAAAUGAAUAAAUUGGUUCAACGUACCAUUCAAAAUACAGGUUUUUUUAGUCUUGGUGUCUAGGUAGCAUCCUGUAUUUAGAGUUAUAAUAGCAGAUAUUAAUCCCAAGGUUGUGGACUUCCAGCACCAGGCACUGGAUGGUAUUUGGAGGGGGGAUGUACUGUAUGUCUCCAAUUCUUGCCUGGAGGAUGCAGCAUAAAUGAAUAACUAUGCUUGCAGCUAAUGUGGUCAAAUCCAGCCCUGCAUUUUUUUCUACAAUGGCCUUAAGUGCCAUGCUUUUUGUUUCUUUGUUAUGAUAGCAGAACAAGGCAGGUCAAAGGGGACUGUGGGGAUCUGAUUUUUCUGAUAAUAUACUAGCCCCAGUCUCAACUGAAACAACUACUUUGAAGAGAUGGUGGGGAAGAAUGCUUUACUUGUGCCCUCCAUUGUGAAAUGUGCUCUAGUCUGGGCCUAGUGAGGAGGUGCUCAUCUUAUUCCCAGGGUGAAUGGUGGGAAAGAUAAGGCUAUUGUGCUAACUGCCACAAUAUUUCCUGCUGCAGGCUGUUGAACUCUUCCAUCUGGAUUGGGAUUCCCAAAUGAAGUUUGGCGAAUAGCUUGUCAUUUUCCUCUGCGGAUACUGUGGCCACUUUAGUUUGACAGUAUUUGUGGGGACAAGGGCAAGAUUCUGUCCUAACAGUAGCAGAAAUGCCCGAGCAACCAAAUCUUUGCCAGUUCUGAGGUCUAAUCCCAGAGCUAGAGAUCGACCUGCAUGCUUACAUUACUCAAUUGUGCAGGUUUGCUAACAUGCAGAUAAUUUGCUAUGCUGUCUCACAGUUCAGGGGCAGAUAAGGCUGCCUCAGUUUUCUGUCAUCUUCAUUUCCUAACACUAUAUUUCCAGUGCUUCAGAAGAGGGAUCUCUUCGGAAUGGGAUCAGAGUUUGCUUGAUUAUAUUGCUAAGGUAAAAGAAAACAUUGGUCCAAUUCCCAAAGGAUCCCAUUUCUGAAGCCUUGUAGAGGAAUUCAUUUGAUUUUAUGGUCUUAUUGGGUUGCAGAAAUUAAUGAGUCUCAGAUGCAAACUAGUUCAUUUAGCAAGUAAUAGAAAAAUGUCACGGAGUUCUGUACUGUGUUUCUAUGGGAGUGUGGCAUGUGGGAUUGAAUAUAAAAUUCAGCUUGAAAAUUCUUUAAAAAAUAGUUCCUAAUUCUUAUUGUUAACAAAGAUGUUCUAUAAAAAUGUAUGGGCCUCAGUGAAAUUUCAGAUCCUGAAGAGAUGCCUAAAUUUAAUUUGGUCCAGAUAAUUUUUUUUAACAUUUUAGAAAACGGUUGUGCAAAUACACCAUUUGACUAUUUUAUACCAGUGACAGAAUUCAAAGUUUGAGGAUUAAAUUUUAUUUUGUUUUGAUCCAGAGUAAACUGACUUAGUCCAAGCUAGUAAAAAAUGACUUUCAGUUUCCCUUGACGAAUAUCCUGGAUAACUUUUUAAAUGUGUAGAUGAUCGGGGCAUGAUUUUGUUUUGAGUUGCUUACUGUUUGCUGAACCAAAAAGAUAGAAGGCAUCAUGCAACUUUAAAAUACCCAGUGGGAGUUUGUGCUUCCAUAAGGGCUGUAAGUGGGAUAAUGAAAACAUGCAUUUCAAAAUCCAGUAUUGUAUCAGAGCCAAAGAGGUGGAUAAAAAUUACUGAUUUUGUUUCUCUUUUCUGGAUCCAAAGAAUUACCCCUUUCUCCAUAGACAGGUUUAGAUUUCUGAAUGUAUUUUGGGUUUCACCUCGAUUGGUCAAGGUGUCAUUUACUUGCAUAAGUUAAUAUUUUCACUGACAUGACCAAAUCUGAAAUAGCAUCUCUGAUGGGACGCAUGUUGCUUCGUGAUACAAGAGCCAGAUGGCAUGACCUUCUUAAAUCCACAAUGGAGAACAAUAAUCUCGUGAAUGUUUCUUAAAGAACAGUGGAUUUGUAUUAUGUUGUCGCAAAAAAUUACUGUCUUAUAUACUGCAGUUUCCCAAACCAGAUCAGCCUGAUAUGGUUCCUGUCUGUAGACCUAAAAUAAGGGUAUUAUUUUACGAUGAAGUCAUUCAAGUUAGAGCAAGGUUUUGUAAUCAGAGCCUUUCUUUAAGAGAAGAGGUUCAGAUGGGUUCCUCCGCAGCCUACGUUUUAAGUUAGAGCUGAUCGAUAUCACUUGGGGUUCUACUUUUGCAGAGUGAGAGUCUCAUUUCCAGGGAGCUUCUUCUCUGUUGAUAGCCAUAAGUCAGAAUAGCCUGCCCCAGUCCACUGGCCAGGAGAUUAUGGGAGCUGAAGUCCAACACAUGGCUGGGGAGGGAACCAGAUUGAAGAAGGCUGGAUUAGAAUUAUUCCAGGAGCAUUGUGCUAGAUUGGGUUGUGUUUUGAAAAACAACACACAAAGUUCUUCAUAAUUCUAAAAAAAGUUAGAUUUUUUUUAUUGUUAUAUUUAUUUGGGGGCAAAAGAGUGCAAAUUCCCUAUCUUUCCUUUAGGUAAAAAGAUGUAUGCUACCCUUUGUAUUUACAGCAGUUACUAAAAUUUUUGAGAAUCUUAUGCUAAUCUCAGAGAUGCUUUUGCUUCUAGGAUCAGAAAUCAAAAGUUAAUACAGGUAACACCGUGCCUUAAAUAGUAAUGCUAGAAUUAAUUUGAACAGAAACCCUGAAAUUACAAACAAACUUGAUAUUUUUAAAAAGGAGUUUCUAACACUGAGAGCCUCUUACGAAAUCAGAAAUCUGAAGUAUUGCUUUGGAGCUCAGGGUUCAGAUUUCAAAGAUGCUAAAUAUGCAGCCCGCAAACCUUUAUACCUGAAUUUAAAAAUCUGGAAAUGUGUUUCAUUUCAAAUAUGUCACUGCAGGUGAGUGUUUACCACUGUUGAUCACUUGGUAAAAGGUAUUUCAAGUUUAGCCUGUUUGUGAUCCUAGAGAAGUAUAGGAGUGAAGAUCUAAAUAUCUAAAAAAAAGCAUCUAUUUCUCCCACCCUCCAGUUUCUAGAAAACUGGAAACAGCGCAAGAUAACCUGUGAAACUUAGAAGGUCUAAAAUAGUUCUGGUAGAUCAUGUGGAAGCUUUAUGGAAAGGGAAAGGAGGAAAAUCCUUUUGCAUCAUCUGUGAAAGGACCUGUAUAGAUCAUUGGAAACAAAAUGGUUGCAAUUAAUUGCAAAUGCCCAGUUUAUUGAGACUGAUUCUGGGGGAAAUGCAGCAAUUGACUGACUUAAAGGUUUUCUCAAGUAUUUGUGAAACUAGGCUGCUCCUUUUCAUUUAUUUCUGUAACCCCUUUGCCUGGCAUCCCCCAUUCUGGUGCCCUCCAUUUGUGAUGGAUUUCAAUUCCCAUAAUCCUUAAAGUAGAGAUUAUGGAAAUUGAACUUCAACAGUUUUGGAGAGUUCCCUGCCAUGCAAUUCUGGUCUAUAUUCUCUCUAGAACUGGGUCUUUGUGUGUAUAGAUUGUGAAGUAUUUAUCCCAGUGAAUUAAGACCCAUUUACUCCAUCUAGGUAGUCAUGUUUAUUUUCACCAAUUACUGAGUUAUCAUAAUUGUGAUGUUGAAAAUUUCUUCCCUAUCUGUCAUCCAGUGAACCUUAAAUUACCAAUGAGAAAUGUUUCUCCUUUCGUGGCAAAGUAUGUUUCCGAGUUCAGACUGCAUCCUUUAAAACAUAAGAAGACACCUUUUAGGGUACAAGUUCAAGAUUAAAACUUAAUCUUUUUAGCUUGCUGUAUUAGGUUCCAGUUCUGAACUUUUAAAGCAUCUUUUUUGAAGUCCAACAACCUUCAUAAGGAUUUGACCCAUCAAAUCAUAGACAUAGGGUUUUAGCAUGCUUCCUUCAUAGUUUUGUCACCAGGGAGGGAGGGAGAGUUUAAAACCAACCUAUUGACCAAGAAUAUCUGCCUUUCUCUUAGAAGUCACUCAUCCCAUUCUGAGGUAGUACUGAAAGGUGUGACUGUGGCUAGCAAUUCCUAUGCUUUUGCUACCAGUCAGCGUGGCUGGAACUCUUAAGAAAAUGGAAAAUUCCAAAUAUACUUUCAAUAUAAUAUAUACUUGAAAAGACUAGGGAGCCUUUUCAGGGAGGGACAGCUUUUAACUUUUCCUGGUGUGGUUCAGAAUUCCACUCUUUCUUGGAUUCAGAAUCAAACAAGCGAACCCUUGGAUCCCUGGGGGAAAGUGACAGCAAACUUUACAACAGGGACCUAAUUCUUGUGGAGGGGAAUGGGGGUGUCCCAGUCCACAAAUUAUACAUGGAUACACUUGAGCCUGUGAAGAGGACACAGUGCCACUAACUAGCCAAUUGGGCCAGAGAACCACCAUUCCCCCCCCCCCCCCCCCAUCACUCAACUUUAAAAGUUACCUAGUGCAAACCUUAACUGUAGAUGCUUGGAUGAAAAGCCCCAUUGUACUAUGGUCUCUUCUUCUAAGUAAGCAUGGUUAAGAUUAGGCCACACGAGUCCUACACAAACUACAAUGUGUUCUUUUUUAUUUUUAAUGUAGUUAGCAGAAUUUUACUACCAAGGUUGAAUCAUUAUAGUAGCUAACUUACAACAUGUAUUUUGCUAAAUAUGCAUGUACUUCUAUUUUUAAUUUUUAUUCUUCCCAUUCUCUCCCCUCCCAAAAACCACCUCUUCUGCUUUCUGGUUUUACCUGUGCUGAUUUCUGUUUUGAAGUCCACCUUUAAUGUUUAAAGGAAACCUAAUGAACACACACCUGUUAGGAAUCUUUCAAUUUUUAACUGCUAUUUACUGGUCAUUGCUUAUUAAAGUCAGACACUGUUGCUCAUUCUCUAGUUAUUUUUCAGAUUAGAUUUUUGUCCUCAAUUUUGAAAGAUCAACCCUUUCUUCCAACAUGCACCGUAUCUGUCUAUAAUAUUACCCUUUCAGAUGGGAUGUACACCUUUUCUGACUAUAACCAUUGCUCUUGUAUUUUGGUAGAUGCUUUGUUGAUAGUAACUAAAUGCCUAGUGAGAUUUUUAAAAGUAAAAACAAACUCAUUUGUUAUUUUAAGCCAGUCUUUUCCCUCAUAUUUUCCUUGAGUAACCUUGACAUUGCAUUUUUACCAGAUAUAUAUCUCUCCACAAUUGCCUUUUCAAAAUGUUUAGCCUAAGAUUUUAGCUUAAAAAAAUACAAACCAAUAAUUUUGCUGAACAGAGUAAAUCUGAUUUUUCUUGUUAGUGAUCCCGUCAAUUGCAAGUUCCUGCUUUAUUUAUAUGGGAAGUUAAUGAUCAAUACAUUAUUCCCUUCUACCUUUUAAAAAAGAUUUCUUUUUAUGCUAAUUAACACCUGUUCUUAGUGGAUGGAUAAAUGUUAUCUUUACUGUCCCCACCCCAAUCUUGAUAAUCAAAUUCCCAUCUCCCCAAUCCUUGCACCCCACAACAUACUCCAUAGGUUGUUGGGUUUUUUAAUCAGUGUAAGUUUGGACAGGUUGCUCUAAAUCAGGGGAAAUUCGCAGUAGGUUUGUGAUCAGAAAGCUUGGGUGUCUUUUGGGAAUGUUUUUUGCUGGUGGAAUCUUGGUGCGCUGUUCAUCUGUUGAUGAUGGAGAAAGACUUACAGUGCUUAAUAAAGUCUAUUCUUUUAGUAAA